AUGAAGAGUGCUGAUCACUUGUUUCUCCUGUGUGUUCUCUUUGGAGCCUCUUUAUCAGGAGGGUUUUCGUCACCAUACACCGAAACUGAGCUCUACAACAACUCAGAAGUCAUCACAAAUAUAAAUGCAAUCAAAAAAAUGAUGGAGACAUGGAUUGACGUUUCCAACAUGUGUAAUGUCUUAGGGAUUUGCUACGAUGUAAAGUUCGUAACUACACUUUCCAAAAAAAAGCACGACAACAUAACAAAGAUUGAAUUGAAUUCAAAGGAAGUGUCCAUAUCUCAUAAUUGUUCGGGGUUCUAUUACAACAACAAAUGUUACAGCUUUCCAGGUGACCAAAAUGCAACGAAAAAAGAUCAGGGAGUUUUUGCUGGAUAUGACUGGUACGUACCAUUGUACGUAUGUCGGAUUUCAAUACAUGACUACGUAGUGCCGGGAAAACUACUUGCCCAUGAAGAUUGGAAUAAUUGCUAUGCUCCAGUAGAAAAAUUUGAAAUAAAUCGAUUAAAAUACGAGCUACUGGUUGGAUCUAACUUGGAAUGGACAAGCUCUGUCUACCACCCUGAUAAAGCAAUUUACGGAGGUUAUCAAGAAAAUGGGUUGCCCUACCUGAUUUGCCGAGCUAAUCAUACCAGUCUAUCAAUUGGGAAAAUUGAACCUCCUUAUUACAAUACGUGCUCCGUUCCUUGGGGUUGGAGGGUCCAUACUAAGACCCAGUUUGACGUUUUAGUUCAGAAUUGA